UGUCAACACGGAACUAUUAUAUUUGCUGUCCUUGGGAUUCGUGCUGGUCCACUCACAUACACAUACUAGUACGGCACGUUGUAAUAGUGAGUGCACAGGACAUGAUAUAUCUUCACGCAUUGAACUAAUUAGAGUGCAGAAAUCUUUAUUUUACACAAGUUUACAGCCUUUCUCGUCACAUAAUUCUCGUCGUACAUUUGAUUUCAAAAGUAUAAUUUCUGACAAACUUCAGCCAUGGAUAAGCUCAAGUCUAUGGCAUCUGGAGCGGGAACGUUUAUCAACCGAACGGUCCAGUAUACAGAGGAGAAGCUGGGGAAUGCAGAGAAGACAGAGUUAGACGCCCGCUUUGAGAAUUUGUUGCAGAGGGCAGACAGGACUCGACUAUGGACGGAACAGAUCCUGGCAAAAAUGGGAGCCGUACUGGAACCAAACCCAAAUUCCAGAAUGGAGGACUUUGUCAACACAAAGCUAGACCGUCGCGCCAGAGACAGAGAAAGCAAUAGUGAGCAGUUUGGGAGUGCAAUGAUUGACGGAGGGAAUGAGCUUGGUCCUGGAACACAGUAUGGGGCAACACUGAUACAGGUCGGUCAGAGCCAGCGCAAAAUUGGACAGAUUCAGAGAGAAUACGUGCAGUCAUCGCUGACCAACUACAUCGUACCACUCAGGACUUUCCUAGAGGGGGAUAUGAAGACCAUUACGAAAGAGCGCAAAAUCCUGGAAAAUGUUCGUCUGGACCUUGAUGCAGCGAAAGGCAAAGUCAGAAAGGCCCGAUCUGCUGAAGCCUCAAAAGCACCUAACCAUGAAGAAAUGAUAAAGGCUGCUGAAGCAGAACUUCGCAAGGCCCAGGCAGAUUUUGAUAGACAGUAUGAGAUAACUACGUUGCUCCUAGAGGGUAUCACUAGUGCACAUUCAACUCACUUGGAACGUUUGAAGGACUUUGUGGAAGCCGAGCAGACGUACUACGCUCAGUGCAGCCAAACCAUGACUGAGCUACAGCAGCAACUUGGAAACAUUCCAGGUACAAUGGGUGGUAUCAGACCGCCCCGCCCUGUCUCGGGUCCCCCACAGGGUGUGGCCACCGCCACGCCCACGCCCUCAGCCCCACCCCUCGAUGCGAUGCUCCCAGAGGAUAAGUCUCGACCGCAGAAAGGGGUCCGGAAAGCCAAAGUUCUUUACGAUUACGAUGCGGGCGACGAUUCCGAACUAUCUGUUCUUGCCGAUGAGGUCAUAACUGUCUACAGCUUGCCUGGAAUGGACUCUGACUGGAUGAUGGGAGAGAGAGGUUCACAGAGGGGGAAAGUGCCCCUCACGUACAUGGAACUUCUGUAGGCAGGGGAUGGGAGGGGUAAAAUGUAGUUAUACAAACAGGGAUGUUCAACCUUACACUAUUAUGUUGCUGAGUCCCGGCAUGCAAUCGCAUUGUUGAAGAAACAGUCUAGAACGCAGUCUGAGUAUAUGUACCAGCAUUUUUCAACCUUUUUUAAUCGCGGUACCUUUUUGAGAAAUAAAAAUUCAGUUGCGCAUCACCCUAAUCCCAAAUUUAAACAGACUACCGGUAUUCAUUUUGCAAUCGAAGAGACUACACAAAUGUGUACCUUCAAAAUGCGGUCCAAAACUUUACAUUAUUCUUUGUCAUAUCAUUAAUGCGAGGUCACCAAGAGCGAUCCCAUAUAUGUGACCUUGUUUCUAUGAUAUUCUUUCACAUAGGAAUAAAAACAAAAGUGGAAACAUUCAAAUUGCCCUUCAACAUAACUACAGGUAGAACUUAUCCUUGUCUUUAUCAGUUUAAUACCCUGCACUUGAUAUCUCAUUACCUGUAAUAUAAGCUUGUGAUAAGAGCCAAAAGGGCCAUUAAUCAAUAUCAUUUUACAUAGAAGCCGCAUUUACACUGCAAACAAAAAUUAUCAAUUUGUUUCAAAUUUCGAUGAAAAAUCACAAUCGAAAAAAUCCUCCUCUGGAGUGUUUUUUUUAUAUGCCUGCCAAAGUUUCACUGAUUUUUUCAGUUUAGCUGCAAACUUCGGUAAGAGACUGAUUUUUUGUUCAUGUGACUCUCUUCGCUUCCAUGCAGGCCAGCACUGAUGAGUGGUACAUGCGCAUAUGAGCAAACUUUGACUGUUUUGUCAUGGGUCCUGUCAGUAGUGUAAAUGGUAGUAAAA